CGCCAAUAGUCUCAUUUUCAAGCCGCCAGCUACACCACCUUCCUGGCGCCACCAGCCCAAGGGCCAGAGGUCCCGAGUCCAGCCUCACGCGGCCCGAGCUGCCCACAGGUGAAGAACUCGGACCUUGGCUUUGCGGGCAGCAGGAGCAGCAGAGAAGAAGGGCCUGUUCUACCCAUACCUGGCUCUCUGGGAUGAAAGCAGUGUGCAAGCAGGAUCUGUCCCCUGGGGCGCUGCUGGCCAUGGGCUGGCUGCUCCUGGCCUGCUUUCCCGGAGCCCUGAGUGCAGCUGCAGCUGAGUGCCCAGACCAGAGCCCGGAGCUGCAGCCCUGGAGCCCUGGCCAUGACCCUGACUACGUGGCACAGGUUGGCCACGGCACAGCCCUGCUGCUCACGGCCUCAGCCACUGUCAACUCGCUUCAUAUCACUGAUGGUGGAAAGCUGGUGGUUCAGGACCGUGGGGAGAGCAUCGUGCUGCGGGUGCGGCACAUUCUGAUCGAGCACGGAGGGGAGCUUCAUGUCGGGAGUGUUCACUGCCCCUUCCAGAGCCACUUCAGCAUCAUCUUGUAUGGACGGGCCGACGAGGGCACCCCGCCAGACCCCUACUUCGGCCUCAAGUUCCUGGGUGUGGGCAGGGGUGGCACCCUGGAGCUGCAUGGACGCAAGAAGCUCUCCUGGACCUUUCUCAACCGGACGCUGCACCCAGGUGGCAUGCGGGAGGGAGGCUACUUCUUUCAGCGCAGCUGGGGCCACCGCGGGGUCAUUGUGCAUGUCAUCGACCCAGGCUCAGGCGCCGUCAUCCACUCUGACAGAUUCGACACCUAUGGCUCCAAGAGAGAGAGUGAGCGACUGGCUCAGUACCUAAAUGCAGUGCCCGAUGGCCGGAUCCUGUCUGUUGCUGUGAAUGAUGAGGGUUCCCUUCACUUGGAUGACACAGCCAGGAAGACCAUGACCCGGCUGGGCAGCAAACACUUCUUGCAUCUGGGCUUUCGACACCCCUGGAGCUUCCUCACAGUGAAGGGGGACCCCUCGUCCUCGGUAGAGGAGCACGUGGAGUUCCACGGGCAUCGGGGUUCUGCAAUUGCCCGGGUCUCGAAGCUGUUCCGCUCUGAGCAGGGCGAGCUCUUCAAUGUCACAUCCUGCAGCGAGUGGGUGCAAGAUCUGGUGUGGACCGAGUGGUUCAACCAUGAGCAGGUGUGGCCAACCAAGGGCAGAGAGAAGAUUCUGGACCCUGGGAAAAUCUGCAGUCGACCCAUCGAAAUCCAGGUGGCCACGACCGAUGGGGAGAAUCUCACGGCUGAGGUCCUGCACCGGCGUGGCCAGGAGCACAGGCUUGCGUGCCAUGCCCGGGGCCGGGCCUGCCUGCACUACCGUGUGCGUUUCCUAUGUGCCAAGCCUGUGAGGCCCACACUCACGGUGACAGUAGACACUGACGUGAACAGCACCACGCUCACACUGGCAGCCGAUGUGCGCUCCUGGCAGCCAGGGGACACGCUGGUGGUGGCCAGUACCGACUACUCCAUGUACCAGGCCGAGGAGUUCCGGGUGCUGCCCUGCCGAGCCUGUGCCCCCAAUCAGGUCCGCGUGGCAGGAAAGCCCCAGUACCUGCACAUGGGGGAAGAGGUGGAUGGCGUGGACAUGCGGGCUGAGGUGGGGCUGCUGAGUCGAAACAUCAUGGUGCGGGGCGAGAUGGAGCCUGCCUGCUACCCCUACACACCCCAUGUCUGCAACUUCUUCCACUUUGACACCUUUGGGGGCCACAUCAAGGUGGCCCUGGGCUUCGCGGCUGUGCACCUGGAGGGCGUGGAACUGGUGCAUAUGGGCCAGCAGCUGGUGGGCCAGUACCCACUGCACUUUCACCUGGCAGGCGACUUAGACAGCAAGGGCGGCUACGACCCGCCCACCUACGUCCGCGACAUGGCAAUCCACCACACCUUCUCCCGCUGCGUAACUGUGCAUGGCUCCAACGGCCUGCUGGUCCAGGAUGUGGUUGGCUAUGACUCCCUGGGUCACUGCUUCUUCACGGAGGAUGGGCCAGAGGAGCGGAACAUAUUUGACCACUGUCUGGGACUCCUGGUUAAGGCAGGCACCCUGCUGCCCUCGGAUCGAGACAGCAAGAUGUGCAGGGCCAUCACGGACGAUGCCUACCCCGGCUAUGUGCCCCGGCCACGGCAGGACUGCAACGCCGUGUCCACCUUUUGGAUGGCAAAUCCCAACAACCACCUGGUCAACUGCUCUGCUGCCGGCUCUGAGGAAACAGGCUUCUGGUUCAUCUUCCAUCACGUCCCCACCGGCCCCUCUGUGGGCAUGUAUGCCCCAGGAUACUCAGAGCACAGCCCCCUGGGAAAGUUCCAGAACAACAGAGCACACUCCAACUACAGGGCUGGCAUGAUCAUAGAUAAUGGGGUGAAGACCACGGAAGCUUCCGCCAAGGACAAGCGGCCCUUCCUGUCCAUCAUCUCCGCCAGGUACAGCCCCCACCAGGAUGCCGACCCACUAAAGCCCCGUGAACCGGCCAUCAUCCGGGGCUUCAUCGCUUACAAGAACCAGGAGCAUGGGGCCUGGCUGCGCGGGGGUGAUGUGUGGCUAGACGGCUGUCGGUUUGCUGACAAUGGCAUUGGCCUGACACUGGCCAGCGGUGGGACCUUCCCGUACGAUGAUGGCUCCAAGCAGGAGAUCAAGAACAGCCUGUUCGUGGGCGAGAGUGCCAACGUGGGCACGGAGAUGGUGGACAACCGGCUCUGGGGCCCCGGUGGCCUGGACCACAGUGGACGCACCCUCCCUAUAGGCCCGAACUUCCCGAUCCGAGGGAUCCAGUUCUACGACGGGCCUGUCAACAUCCAGAGUUGCACGUUCCGCAAAUUCGCGGCGCUGGAGGGCCGACACACAAGCGCCCUGGCUUUCCGCCUAAACAAUGCCUGGCAGAGCUGCCCCCACAACAACGUCACUGACAUCACCUUUGAGGAUGUGCCGAUCACAUCCAGAGUGUUCUUCGGGGAGCCGGGACCCUGGUUCAACCAAUUGGACAUGGACGGGGACAAGACCUCUGUGUUCCACGAUGUGGAUGGCUCUGUGUCCGAGUACCCUGGAUCCUACCUAACCAAGGAUGACAACUGGCUGGUGCGGCACCCUGACUGUAUCGACAUCCCUGACUGGAGAGGCGCCAUUUGCAGUGGGCACUAUGCACAGAUGUAUAUCCAGGCCUACAAGAGCAACAACCUGAGGCUGAAGAUUGUCAAGAAUGACUUUCCUGAGCACCCACUGUGGCUGGAGGGGGCGCUGACCCGCAGCUCCCACUACCAACAAUACCAGCCUGUGGUCACACUGCAACAUGGCUACACCAUCCACUGGGACCAGCCAGCGCCCACUGAGCUUGCCAUCUGGCUCAUCAACUUCAACAAGGGAGACUGGAUCCGUGUGGGGCUCUGCUACCCCCGGGGCACUGCCUUCUCCAUCCUGUCCGACGUGCACGACCGCCUGCGCAAGCAGACAGCCAAGACAGCCACCUUCGUGCGGACGCUGCAGAUGGACAAAGUGGGGCCCAGCUUCCCGGGCCGGAGCCACUACUACUGGGACGAGGAAUCGGGGCUGCUCUUCCUGAAGCUGGUAGCGCAGAAUGAGCGCGAGCAAUUUGCCUUUUGCUCCGUGAAGGGCUGUGAGCGGAUCAAGAUCAAAGCCCUGAUCCCCAAGGGUGCGAGCGUCAGCGACUGCACAGCUGCCGCCUACCCGCGCUUUGCUGAAUGGCCCACUGUGGACGUGCCUAUGCCCCGCAAGCUCAGUCCGAAGCCGAAUCAGGAGCGUUUUCUGGAGGUGAAGCUGGAGAGUGGCAGGCAGCGUUUCUUCCACCUGCUCAGUGAAGUGGCCUACAUCGAGGUGGACGGAAGGCGGUUCUUGGGCUCUGAGGAGGGGCUCCUGGUGGUGGUGAUUGAUGGAAAGCGUGCCCGUGUGCUGGGCCAGGCGGUCUUCAGGAAGGCAGUGCUGCAGGGUGCCCCGUGGCAGCUCUACAGCUAUGUGGCAGCUCUCCCCGACAACUCUGUGGUGCUUGCGGUCUCCCGUGGAAGCUCCGUGUGCCGAGGCUCCUGGACCCGUGCAUUGGAGGAACUGGGCGCAGACAAGGGCUCCAGGCUCAAAGACCACCUGGCCUUCGUGGGUUUCAAGGGCGCAUUUCGGCCCCCGUGGGUGUCACUGCGGACGGAUGAGCGCUCAGUUCGGCUCUUCCAGGCAGUGCCCGUGCCAGUGCAGCGCAGGCGGCCACUGUGAGUUUGACGGACUGCGGGACUAAGCCCCGCCGACACCGAUGCCCCAGCACCCUGGUGAGGGAUGUGGGGGAGGCCGAGGUGGGGACAGCACCAACCCUGGCGUAGCAGAGACCCGACGAGGAGGAAGCACUGCCCAGCUCAGCAGGACAGGAUCUGGGAGUGUCCCUCGGGCUUUGCCCUGCCCGCGGCACCCCCAGUUUGGGCGCCCAGAGUUCCUUGCCAGCGCAGAAACAGCUCUGGGCCACCAGAUUGCAGCCUGGCGCAUCCACGCUGCUCUUAGGAUGGUGACCAGGGGCUUUGCUGUCCC